ACGGAAAUCGAUGAUAUACGUUUACGUUGGUAGUCAUGACUAGGUAUAUUAAAAAGUUUAUCAACUGCGCGCGAUUUGGUUAUUCGAAAUGUCAGCGGACCGUUAAGUACGUUUAAUGUUUUUUAGUGGUAUUGAUAAAGUUAAUAAGAUACAAAUUUUGUUAGACGAAGUAGAAAUGACGUAUGCCACUCUAUCCCUUCUACUAUUGUUAUCUUUUUAAAUGGAAGAUUCGGCGGUCGAAUUGCUCGAUUCAAAUUCUGAUACAAAUGGUCAAUUUUGCGAGUCGGUCGAUACGAUCUCCAGCAUGAACGAUGCCGAUGACGAGGGAAUUGAACGCAGUGCCAAUUUUGGCAAUUGCACGCCACAGCAAUCCUCGGAGAAUAGGCAUAUCGAUAAUUCAAUUUUCAAUACGAUAUCCAAAAUUGUUAAUCCCGCUGCGAAGGUACCAGACAUGCAAGACUUCAAAAUUGUGAAACCAAUAAGUAGAGGGGCAUUUGGUAAAGUGUUUCUAGGAUACAAAAAGUCAAAUCCAGAGCAAUUGUUUGCUAUUAAAGUGAUGAAGAAGAAUGAAAUGAUAAAUAAGAAUAUGGCAUCUCAAGUUAUAAUAGAACGAAAUGCAUUAGCAUUGACGCAUAGUCCUUAUUGCGUACACCUUUUUUAUUCGCUACAAAGUGUUAGCAGCGUAUAUUUAGUCAUGGAGUAUAUGGUGGGAGGUGAUCUUAAGAGUCUGCUCGGCGUUUAUGGUUACAUGGAAGAAAGCAUGGCAGCUUUUUAUACCGCCGAAGUGUGUUUAGCACUUGAAUAUCUUCACUCCCACGGUAUAGUCCACAGGGAUUUAAAACCAGAUAAUAUGUUACUCUCUCGAGAGGGACACGUCAAACUCACAGAUUUUGGUCUCAGCAAGAUAUCGUCCUUGCACAGAGAUCUCGAAAUAUCUGAUUUAGUAAAUUGUACACCUAGUCUUUGCGCCAGAACCCCGGGACAGCUACUUUCUUUAACGUCUCAUUUGUCCUUUGGUUCCGGGCAACAAUCGGUCAAUGACUCGAUAGCCAGUAACGAAAGUGCCAAUGCUGUUCACUUAAUGUCGACUUUACAAAGAAAUUGUACCAAACUGCAGUCGUCUCCUAAUUCGGUAGUCUCCUCGACCGAUGCUGCGUCUGGCGAUUAUUCUCGUGUAUCUGGUAUUACACCGUUUCAAUCUGCGGAAGAUCUAAGGUUUGGAAUACAGAACGGAGGUGAAUCGAACGCGAGGACAGAGAAUUUGAGCGGAGAUAGUAGUUCUGGUAGUUAUCACACGUGCGAAGCGUCGUCGAUUAAUACGAUCAAUCCCGUCGCUCAUAACGCGGAAGAGGAGGAUGAAUCUACGUUAGAGGCGGAACAAUCGCAACAACUACUUUUGCAUACGAGUCCCGUAAGUACUUGCGUAAAUUCGUUUUCACGAGGAACCAAGAGGAAAAGAGUUAUGACAGAGGUAACUUGCGGUUUAACGCGCGAAAUUUGUCUCAUGGAUUUGGAUAAAGACAAAACACCGAAGAGACAGAAUUGCGGUAUACCGUACUCCUGUAGGAGUUUUGAUCCAAUGAAGAGAGAUACCGCGUUGGCCAAGAUGACCGAUGAAAGUGAAGAUGAAAAUGCGGAUAAUCAGGAUGGUGGUUCCAGCGGUGGUGUCGCUUUUAGUACACCAGUCUCCUCACUGAAUGUCAAGUCGGAGAAUAGAGACCAGGCAGAAGCGACGUGUCCGGAAAAUCAUAAUAUGCCCCUGGUGAAAGCAACGAGGUUUCACCUUCCGUCUACGGUGUCGAGGGAAUUUACUCCGGAUUUGAGCAGCGAUAAUAUACAGAAUGAAAAUACUAUCUCUCCGAUCAAGACACCCGCACCUUCGAAUAACAGUUACACGACUUAUCGGACACCCAAGUCAGUUAGAAGGGGUAUGCAAGGUGCUGGAAACGCUCGAUCGGACGAACGUAUAUUAGGUACGCCCGAUUAUUUGGCACCGGAGCUGCUCUUACGGCAAGGUCACGGUCCUGCCGUCGAUUGGUGGGCUCUCGGUGUUUGUCUUUUCGAGUUUUCCACGGGAGUACCGCCUUUUAACGACGAAACGCCACAGGCGGUCUUCGCUAAUAUUCUCGCGAGAGACGUACCUUGGCCGGAAGGCGAGGAAGCUUUGUCUUUCGCUGCUACGGAAACCAUCGAUGCGCUCCUUACGUUGGAUCAAUCUACACGACCAUCCGCGAAAGAAGUAAGGGACAUGAAACUCUUUGAAAAUUUUCCUUGGAACGAACCAUCGAAAGCCGUUCCUCCUUUUAUACCCCAACCAGAUGACAAUUAUGAUACGUGUUACUUCCAAGCAAGGAAUAUACUUCAGCAUCUGAAUGUCAGUAGCUGCGACACGUAACAUUUGUUGUUAUCCUGAAGAGUCCAGGAUGAACGUUAUCGCCUAUCGUUGUCACGAUACGGAAUACAUAACGUGUCGAAAAUGAUAAAAUUAGUAAAAUUAU